AUGUUUUUAGCUAAUAACAAUAAACCACCUGUAAAACUUCCAUAUCUUGGCCGUCUUGAACUUCUAACAAUUGAAGGUAUUCCAUCUGGUUUACAACAUCUAAAAGAAUUACUUCUUGCUGCACCAAAUUUAUGUGUAUUAGUCAUUGAUUUAGAUUGUUUACUUGCAUUACUUGAAAAUAAAGAUGAACCACUUAUUUUAUAUGUUCUUCUUCAUCGACAUAUACUUGAUCUUUGUGUUCGUAUUCCAGAUAAUAAUAACAAUGAACAAACAAAAAAAUCAAAAUUAACUAUUGAAAAAAUUCAUUUUAUCGCACGAAUAUUUACUCGUGUCAGAAAUUUAACAAUAGAUUAUGAAACAUCAGAAGAAUAUAUUGAAUUAAAUAUAAUAAAAUCUAUCAUAAAUGAGUUUAAACAACUUGUUAUAUUUCAUAUCUAUGGUAAAAUUCCAAAUGAUAUGUUGGAGAAUGAUAUUCGACAAUGGGUGAUUAAACAAAGUUCAUUUCGUAUAAAAUCUCUAGACAUAUUUCGAGUAGAAUGUAGUAAUGAAUGGUUUAAAUUAUGGUUAUAA